AUGGCGAGCCUUUUUCGACUUCUGAAGAUGCAGUACACGCCACCCACUGACCCCAAGGCUGUCACUUUCGCCGGAAAGAUUGUUCUUCUGACUGGCGCCACCUCAGGUCUUGGUUUUGAAGCCGCCAUCAAGAUCCUCAACCUUGGUGCUGAGUCCCUCAUAAUCGGCUCUCGUGACCUUCAACGGGGCAGGCAGACGAAACUCAAGCUUGAGAAACUUACCAACCGAGGCAACGUCGUGCAUGUUUGGGAGCUUGAAAUGAACAGCUUUGCCAGCGUCAAGAACUUUGCCGAACAGGUCAACAAGGAGGUGACCCGACUUGACGUUGCCAUCCUCAACGCCGGUAUCUGGAACAAAGAUUACCACCAAUCUCCCGAGGGCUGGGAGGAGGAUCUCCAAGUCAACACGCUCUCCACCUCGCUGUUGGCCUUGCUCCUUCUCCCGAAGCUGAAGAAGAGCGCUUAUCCCGACAACCCCUCGCAUCUGAGUGUUGUGUCUAGCCAGCAGUUUGUCCAAGUGAAGCCCGAAAGCGUGCAAACCGACGGUAUUCUCCUGGCGCACCUCAACGACCCCGACAACUUCGCGGGCCCCAAGCAGUAUGGCGUCUCAAAGCUGCUGCUCGAACUUGUUAUGAAGAAAAUUGCGGUCCACAUUCGCGGCGAUGAUGAGACCCCCAAAGUCGUCGUCAACACUGUCAGCCCUGGACUGUGCAUGUCAUCCCUGGGUCGUAAAUACGACAGCUGGUGGGAGAAGUGCGCUAAGUGGAUUCUGUACACUCUUUUUGCGCGUACCACUGAGCAGGGAAGUCGUCUGUUGGUUAGCGCGGUGCUCCAAGGCUUGGAGUCUCAGGGGCGCUGCUGGCGCAAUGAUGGUUACCUUGAUGAGUCUGCUGCCUUGACUACCGGACCAGGGGCAGAUGAACUCCAAGCGAAGGUGUGGAGCGAGGUAAUCACUGUACUGACGGACGAGGCCGAAGAAGUGAACCUUAUCGCACGUGGCCUGUACCCGGGUCUGUAA